AUGUCGACAUCACACACUAAUUCAACACAAACUAUAUCAUUUUCAAUCUCUGAUGGCAUUGCUAUUCCAUACAUUGGCCGCUUUUGGUUACUUCUCAUUCCAAAUACUUUAUCACUUAUCUGUUCUCUCUUUGUACUUUUUCAUUUUCUUUUCGAUUCAACUCUCCGUCAUGCUCUACAUAAUCAUGUUAUAAUUGUUAUUCUUAUCGUUUGUAUUAUUGCUGAGUUAACAACUAUACCUUUUAUGAUGUACUUUUAUCUUAAUGGCGUAGUUUGGAUACAAUCACCAAUAUUUUGUAUGAUUUGGAAAUUCUUUGAUAGUGCUACAUAUACAACAGUACCGAAACUAGUCGGAUGGUCAUCUAUGGAAAGACAUAUCAUUAUUUUUCAUAGCCAAUGGAUAUCAACCAAAAAGAAACGUUUUCUUAUUCAUUAUCUGCCUAUAGGUUUAAUUGUCAUAUAUGGUAUAGUUCUUUAUGGUGUUACUACUCCGAUGAAUGAUUGUCAUAGAAGAUUUAACUAUAAAUCAGUGUAUUGCAGCUAUUACAGUUGUAUAUAUGAUAGUGUGACAUACUCACUAUAUGAAUUUAUGUCAGGUGGUGUAUUAUCUUCUGCAUGUAUUGGGUUUGGUAGUAUUUUUCUGAUCGUUCGUAUCGCUUUACAAAAGCGUCGUUUACAACAACAAAUGCAAUGGAGAAAAUAUCGUAAAAUAUCAAUUCAGUUGAUGUUCAUAGCAUUGAUCUUUUUCGUAUUCUAUUUACCUCCUAUACUUCUGGCUAUUUCUCAAAAACUUGGUGUUCCAUCGAAUGUAGGAGCUGAUUAUAAUAGAUACGCAAAUUUGUUUUCUUCUUAUAUAAUAUUACUUUUUCCAUUUGCAUGCAUCAAUACAUUACCAAAACUGAAAACUCGAAUAAAAAAAACUCUCCAUUAUUUUUGUCGACGACGAAUACCUACUAUUGUUCCUUUACAUGUUAUUCAAGAACGGUUAACAGCCAGCCAAGCAAAGAGAGAGAAGAAAACAAUUAGUUAG